AUGUCAGAAACACUACUACAGAGUGUGACGACGCAGCAUGCCGUCGCACCUUCACCUGCGCCGGCGGAACCCAACCCAGAGCCGGAACAUCCUACACUCACUACGAAGACACCAGCUGACCCUCCUGAUGUGCGCCAAUGGCCGCAAGCCUACUCGAAGUGUCCUGUUUUUCGCGUUCCUUACAAAGCCGCAGCAGACCAACCAGUAGAAGCUCUGCAAAUCGAGUUUCGUAAUCGCCAAUUCACCAUUCGCUACGUAGAGCAUUACCUGCACAUCCGCGUUCAUGGACUGUGGCGCAUCUGCGUCCCACAAUUCCCUGAGUUCCUUACUCACGUUCUGCAUUCACAUCACGACCAUGUCACAGCCGGCCAUCUAGGCCAGAAGAAGACCUUUGCGGCUCUCAGCAAGCACUACUACUGGCCAGGAAUGCUCGCCUACACUACUGCUUAUGUUGAGUCAUGCACUCACUGUCGAGCCUCAAAGUCUCUUAACCAGAAGCCUCCAGGCCUUUUUCAACAGUUGCUCAUCCCUUCUCGUCGAUGGGCGCACGUGAGUCUCGACUUUAUCACAGAUCUUCCCCUUACAACGACAGGGCACGACUCGAUCCUUGUCAUGGUCGACUCCCUCAGCAAGAUGGCUCAUUUCGUUCCUGCAAAGAAAUCAUUCACAGCAGCAGACACCGUGGAGCUUCUCGCAGACCGUCUUAUCCGCUAUCACGGUUUUCCAGAGGUGCUCAUAUCGAACAGCGACGCCCGCUUCCAGGCGGAUCUUUGA